AUGGAUGCUUUAAUUUGGAAUAUCAAAUCAGUCAAUACACAGCAAGCCUUUGAAAGGCUGAUCAAAAUGCACAGAAAAAAUCAUUAUGAAUUCAUUGGACUGAUGGAGCCUAUGCAGCAAACUAGAACUCUAGAAAGGUACAGAAGUAUAAUUGGCUUUGCCCAGGCUAUUUCUAAUUUAUCAAACAAGAUCUGGGCUUUUAUAGAUGAGGUAUAUGAGGUUACAGUGAUGUACAAUAUGGUACAACAACUAACUCUAAGGCUCUUUCAUACAGAAACAAAUGUGGAAAUUGUCCUCACAUUGGUGUAUGCUAAGUGUGAUGCCAUAGAGAGGAUUAAGUUAUGGGAUUCAUUGUAUUAUAUGGCAAGUGAUAUGACAGUGCCAUGGUUAGUGGGAGGUGACUUUAAUGUCAUAUGGGAUGAAAAAGAAAAGUUUGGUGGACUCCCAGUGUCUUUAAUUGAAAUUGAUGAUUUUAGACAUUGCAUUAACACUUGCAAUCUGGUUGAUCUUAGGUUCAAGGGUAGUAUAUACAUAUGGUGGAAUGGCAGGGCAGAGGAGGAUUGUAUUUUGAAGAUGCUAGACAGAUGUUUAGCCAACUCUGAAUUCCAGCAGACAUUCCCUGGAAUGGAGGUCCAGCAUUUAUCCAAAAUAGGCUCAGAUCACAAUUUCAGUGCAAGUCCUUACAUUCUAUUCAACCAUAAACUGAAGAAGCUCAAGAAGGUACUAUCAGGGUGGAGCAGGGAUACUUUUGGAGAUAUUUUUCAGAAGAUAGCCAGCUUGGAGGAAGUUGUUCGUGUACAUGAAGCUGAGUUUGAAGCAAAUCCCACAAGGUUAAACAAACAAAAGUUACAAAAGGUUCAAGCACAUUUGAUCAAGUUCUUAGCUUUGGAGGAGAAGUACUGGAAACAGAAGGCAGGGAUGUCUUGGUUCAAGGAUGGGGACAGGAACACGAAGUUCUUUCAUGCACAGGUCAGAGGCAGAAGGAAGAGAUUGCAACUAUCUAGAAUUCAGAAUAGUCAAGGUGAUUGGAUUGAGGAAGAUGAAGAUAUAGCUGCAGAAGCAAUCAAGUUCUUUGAGGAUCAGUUCUCUGAAACUGCAGUGCCUACCUCUUUUGAAAUUUUAGAUCAGGUUCCUUCCUUGGUUGAUGUGGAACAGAAUUCAGACUUGAUAAAACAACCUACUAUGGAAGAAGUAAAAGAAGCAGUUUUUGGUCUUAAUGGAGACAGUGCAGGAGGUCCUGAUGGUUUCACAGGCAAAUUUUACUAG